AUGCCCCCGCCGCCCGCCCUGCCCUGGCUGCUCGCCGCCUGCUGCCUCUGCGCCCUCCCGCGGGGCUCAGGGUUCCCCCAGCCUUUCUCGCGCUACAGGGACGGCGUGGACCUGCCCGAAAGCCAGCAACUGGCACUGUGUUUCAGUCAGUGGAUGGAACUGUCUAAUCAACCCCAGAUCUCCAGCACCGUUUUGGAUCUCUGUUAUUCCAUAUUCAACAGCAUGCAUACAAAUGAGGAAUCGCAGAUUGCUGCUGCGAAGUUUACAAAGAAGGAUAGUCAUGGGACUCUGGGACGGCCUUUUUUCCUUUUCAGGCCUCGAAACGGAAGAACUAUCGAAGGCAGUGAAUACCAUGGAAUAUGAAGUUCAUGGGUCGAUUUACCGGCGUGGUGACUUGGUUUACAUAAAGAAAAGAGACUUCCCAUUGCACUAGUUGUCUAUUAUGUGGCUCGGUUGUCUGGAAUUUGCUGUUCCAUGUAAUAAAUUUGCAAU